AUGUCAUUUGUGGUGAAGAUCAACAAUUUGAGCGGUCCACUGUGCAGCAUAAAUGCUGAUCCGAACUGGACAACGGCAGAAUUGAAGAUGGCAUUAGCGAAGGCUUUUCUUGCCACGCAAAGGGAGGCUUUACCGCCUGAGACAGUGGAGACUUCAAUGGCCACUGAGGGCCCGGGCGCCCAUGGUGGAUCCUGGAGAGACAGGGAGCCGCCGCCACCAUACGAUGGUCGGGAUCCCGAACGUUCGUUUGAACGCUGGUUGAAGGACCUCAAGUUAUGGGAGUUCGAAACGGAAGCUCCCAAAGCCAAAUGGGGUGUGAAGAUACUCCGGCAGUUGUCCGGCUCGGCGAAGGCUGCAGCUGAGAACCUGACCUUCGAGGAGAUCGCGUGCGAAGACGGCAGGGACAACAUCUUGAAGGCGUUGAAGGAGCAUUUCGCUCCUCAUCUGGAGACUUCCCUGCCUAAGGCCUUCGAGAGUGCGAUCUAUGGAGACAUCAGGUCUGCCCGAGAGUCUUUUGGCGACUUCGUGAUCCGGAUGGAGCAUUCCUUUAAGGAGCUGGAGCGUCAGGGAGUUAAGCUUCAUGAGCUGGUCACUGGCUAUGUCAUGUUCCGUCAUGCGAAUUUGUCCGAGGUCCAAGAGAGUCAGAUGCUGACGUGGGGCGCGGGCAAGUACGAUCGCAAGACCGUGGUGGCCAACCUGAGGAAGCUUGACAAGGCGUUCGGAGAACCAAAGAGAAGAGGAGCUCACUACCUCAUGGACGGCGAGAGCCACGAGGAGGGCGACGAGGUGGACCAGGCCAUUUACGUGCAGGGCCAGGAGACUGAUGAUGACGAGUCCGACGGGGAUGACGACUAUGUCUACAUCGGCGAAGGCGAGUUGCACGAGGUCUAUGAAGAAGAAGAUUUGCAAGAAGCUCUGGCCACCUAUCAAGAUGUUCGCAGGAGUCUCCGUGAGCAGAAGACAAACAGGGGCUACUAUCCGAACAAGCCGGCCUCGACUGGAAAGGGGAGUUCGAGCUUUGCUCCAAGGAAGGGCAAAGGCAAGGGCAAGAGCAGACCCACUUUGGGAGUCAAGAACAAGGAGUACGUCAAGUUCACCAAGGAUGGGCAAACCAAAGUCCAUGUGGAUAUGCUCAAGUUGCGCACUAAGUGCGCUCGUUGUGGAGCUGUAGGACAUUGGGCAAAGGAAUGCACGAACCCCCCUGAUGAACGAGGCAGGGCUGCCGCUGCGGCACACCGAAAUUUUCCAUCGUCAAGCCAGUCCUCUGGAUCAACCCGUUCAGGGUUCUUUGUGCAGUCAGCGGCUGGCGCUCCCAGCGAGGGAGGACAGCAGAGCUUCUACGCGAUUGAGGAAAAUGGCGUGAUCAGCAGUUUUGUGUCCUAUGUCCCAACGCUUGGAAGCAUCAUGAGCAAGCUUGCGUUUAAGCCUCCCGAAGUAGCCAGAGAGCCGGUACAGCUGACCCAAGAUCCACAAGUCAACCCUCCUAGCUUCAUUGGCGUCGUGACAGGUGCCUCCGAAGGAAUUGUGGACACGGCCGCCCAGGACGGUCUCCUUGGCAAGGAGGCUCUCUUAAGGUUUGCAGAGUCGCUCAGAAGCUAUGGCUUGAAGAUCCGUUGGAACACAACGCGUAAAGCUCAAGCUUGUGGAGUAGGGGGGAAAGCCACUGUUAUCGGCACCGCAGAGGUUCCUGUAGGCAUUGCUGGGAUCAAUGGACUCAUUGAACUAACUGUUGUCACGGACAAUGUGCCUAUGCUUCUGCCCAUCAAGCUGCUUAAGAACCUGAGGGCGAUCGUCGACCUGGAUCGAGAUGUUCUGGAAGUCAAAGCUUUUGGAGCCAAGGCCCCGAUGCACCAGCUUCCAUCAGGUCACAUGUCGGUGUCAGUGGUAGACUUUGCGCCUGGGGGUUGGAGCAUGCCUCAUGAAGCGCAUAAUGUUGAGCACCCCGAGCAGUUUACAUUCCUCCAGAGCAUGACCAAUCUCAAAGCUGAAGCAACUUGCGACCCUCCAACCACGUGUAAGCCCAAUGGCCAGUGCGUCUUCGCUUGUGGGGCGAAUGCUGAGCAGCGAAAGGUGCUGCAAAGGUGGAGGAAAGUGGUCGAGAAGCUGGCGGACCUCAUGGCGCUCAUCGGCCUGCGCGCAAGCGUGCUGGAUUGGCUGCCAAGUUCCUCCUCGCAACUUUUGGGACUGGGCUCGCCGGAUGUGGACCCAUCUCCUUCUACCCGCCGAUCCGCUACGGAGACUGUGUCGGACAAGCAGCUCGAACACAAGGAGAUUAUCCAGCAUGCCGACUACCUGGGCCUGCGCAAGACCAAGGAUGUCCCCAAGAAGACUAUGCGAGAGUGUGUGCACCCGACUUCGGAGCUGAAGGGAGGGGGCAACCAAUACAGCAAAGAGGUCUACUGCGACAUGUGCAAGAGUCGCUGGAGGUACCUGUCCCCAGAGCAGCUCCUGGAGAAGAAGAAGGCCAAGUCUCGAGUCACGUCAGGAUCCUCAGAUCAAACGGCGAAUUCAACUGCAGCAAGCUCAGGGCAGAUCAUGUGUCUGUGCAAGACGCCUGCCCAUCGCUGGCAAGUCAAGAAAGAGGGUCCGACAAAGCGGAGGCACUUCUUUCGCUGCGAAGGUCGGAUGUGCGAGUUCUUCCUGCAAGAUGCCAAGGAGCAGAAUCCGGGACAGAAUGCGCCGGAGAUGGAGGUGGACCAGAUGGACGCCUUCAACGAGGAGGUCAAGAAAAUACAAAGCCAGGCCGAAGCCCAUGUGGAUCGGAAGACCAAAAAAAUGGAGAUGCAACAGCGGGCCAUGGAGAAGCAGUACAAGGACGGCAUGGAAGCUCAGACUCAUGCCCACCGUGCCGAGAUGGAGACGAUGCGCACCCAGAUGGCCUGGAUGCAAGGCUUCAUGCAGCAAGUGCAGGCAGCCCAUGCGGCGCAGACGGUCUGCCAUGUGAGAUCUGGGUCGCAGCUGCAGACCGCUAGAAGAUUGCAGAUGAGGGCAUUUGGCUUUCAUGAAACUCCACUUCCGUGGGACAUGACCUUGUCCCGAACUUUCUAUUCGAAAUUUCUCGCUGGCAGCGAGUGGACACAACAUCUUGGGUGGCUGCCCAAGGCUAUGCCCGCGAAUACUGAGUAUGUGGCGAUCUUCGAGCAGGAGGAAGCCUUUGUGGCCUGGGGAGAAGAUGUGGGCAAGCAGAGGGCGUUGUCAUGUGGAGAAAGAAAGCGAGCGGUAGCUGCAGUCGAGAAGAUGUUGGCUACUGUCAAGCUCCCAAAACAGUCCGCCAAGCCAAAAGUCCGGAUGGCUGAUGACCCACGAGGUGAGCAGUUCUGGCAAAGCCUUUGUGCCGAGUGUCCUGAUAUGUUGGUGUUGGCGGCUACGAAACCAGAGUUCUUCGAGACUGGUUUGAGUAACCUCCUCGACGCGGCAGAGUGGCAACACCAAAGAGGAAAGGCUUUCGUGAUUCUUCACGGUAGCGAAAUGGCUCAGCUUGUGGAAAGGGGGACUUCGUUUGGUGAUUUGCUUGGGAAAAGGGUUCAGAAGCAGUUUGACUCGGGUGUGGUGGCUUUGGGAAACAAUUCGUUUCUUCUUCAUGCAGUUGAGAAGGCUGUUGCGAGUGGGUUGUUGGAGGGAGCCGAGUUCAACUCCAGCACAUUCCACGGGGAUGAGAAUCUCUUUGAGAACCACGAGGCAAGCCAUGCGAACGCCAACAACUCCUUUCAGAACCAGGAGGGCAUUUAUUUAGCGAAUGUGGUGGACGAGAGUGGGAGCCCCGCAGAAUGUUUCAUCUCCAGUCAGGCAGCAAGGGCGCUAGAGGAUAGGGCUACUCGACUGAUGCGUCAGGGCGAUCUCUCUUACACUUCAUUUGAGAAGCUCCUUGACGAGUGGCCUCAGAUGUCCUCUAGGCAACGGCCAUCUUCCAAGAAGGGAAGCUACUUCUACUUUGGUUUGUAUGCGCAUGGAGGCCAAUGGGGAAUUGCAAACAGAACGUAUGAGCUUCCCGUUUUCAUUGAGUACCUGAACAAGUUCAUGAGGUACCAGUGUCGAUGUCAGGGGUUUGGACACGCUGUGUGGACCAGCAUAGCUGUGGGAGUGAAUGCAGGAGCUGGCCCUCAUCGUGAUCUACACAACAAGAAAGGAUGGCCUAGCUACGUCACCGCGGCUGGGAAGUUCAAAGGAGGACAGCUUUGGACAGCAGACAACGUCCUUGAUGCGGACAAGACCAAGGUUGCCAAGCACAUGCCGGAUGGUGUCCGAAGACUUGGUCAGCUUCAUGACAUCAGUUACAAAGUGUGUGAGUUUGACCCAGAAGUUUGGCAUGCAUCACAGCCGUGGUCAGGACGAAGGUAUGUGGUCUCAGCGUACACGGUUCGGAGCGUGGAUGUGGCCUCAGUGGACACGCUUGCUCAGCUUCGAAGUUUUGGAUUCGAGGUGCCCAGUGUCAGCUACCUCACCAUGUUCGAUGGUUCAUUGCGGGAGGUGGAACCUGAUACAGCGAGGAUCUUUGCGGAGGUGGCUGGAGAGGAAGAAGAAGCUGUGGACGUUGAGCAGCCGCUUGUGGACGCCAAUGUGGAGCCAACAGAGGAAGAGAAGAGGCUCAUCAAGAAGCUGCACGAAAACAUGGGUCAUCCGGCUCCAAGAGAGAUGGCAAGAUCACUGAGGAUUGCUCAUGCCAAGCCACAUGUGGUGAGAUACGUGGCGAAAUCCUUCAAAUGUGAUGCCUGUGAAGCAAGGCCUCGCCCCAAACCGGCGAAGCCGGCCGUGUUGCCGAAAAGCUACGAGCCAGGGAAGGUGGUUGGCGUUGACGUGGUGUUCUUGAGUUCGCUGGACAAGAGGGAGACGUUUCCCGCGCUGAGUAUGGUGGAUUGGGGAACUGGCUAUCAGAUGGUCGAGAGGCUCAAGAAUAUGGAGUCGGACCACGCUUGGAGGACGUUUCUGAGAGUGUGGGGUCGUGUGUUUGGAGUUCCAGAAAUUCUGGUGGCCGAUUUGGGAACAGAAUUUAGAGGUCAGUUUGUUGAACUUGCUUCCCAAGCUGGCGCACUGGUCCGACAUACUGCAGCCCGCAGUCCUUGGCAGGCUGGAAAAACGGAGAGAGCAGGAGCCCACUUCAAACAUAUCUUUGAGCGAGCUCGUGAUGUCGCUCAAAUCAGCUCAUGGGAGGAACUCAAGACCCUGGUCUAUGAGGGCAAAGAACAGAUACGGCAACCGAAGUGGGUUUUCUCCUAUGCAGCGGCAAAUUGGACACAGUCUGCGGCUACCUGGAUCACUGCUGUCGGAUGCGAGCUGUGGAAGGUGAGCGUGGAGCAGUGCAGACAUGCAACCAGUCAGGAACAGAUGGCCAAGGAGCUGUUGGCGGGCGAGCUGGAGGCGCUGAAGGCGGACGAGACCGAGAAGGCGGAGUUGAAUGGGUUCCAGAUGAUCGACCUGCUCAGCGACGACGUGUUCUCAGUCCUGAAGAAAUUCCUGCAAGCUCGAAUCUUAGGCCCACAGUGGGUGAGCCAGAGCCUUGGCCGUCACCUGGAGUGGAACCAGUGGCGGAGAUGCAUCCUAUGGCGGCCAACGCAGAUCCUGGAGACAGCUCAGGCUGUUAUGAGAAACGAGGUGCUGGAUGGCAACCCGCCUGGAAGUGCUCCAUACGAGGCGGCGCGAAGACUUCGUCGACUACGUAUAGAGGAGGAGACCAGGCCUUACUGGAGUGUCAAAGAUGAGGGAGCCACUGCGCGUGUUUGGUUCUCACUCGAGAAUGGCAAGUGGAAGCAGGAGAAAGACUUCUGGGAGGUCGUGGACCGCGACACCAUGGUGUGCUACCACAACGAGCCUCGAAGUGCCCUUCUGAACCCAGCCAAAGUUCGUGGAGUGGCUAUGACUCGUAGAUUGAAGCAUAGACACACGUUCAUGGUGGACGAGAAGGGCGAUGUCACGAUGAACUGUUGGCAUGCCUCAGACGCUGCCGAGUGGCAUAAGAUCGAAGGGACAAAUGCCAUAAGGGUGCUCAGCGUGGCUGAAUCACGCGAGGUCCGGCGAACACUGCAAGAGCAGAACCAGCUUGAUGGAAUUUUGCCGUCUCGCAUGGUCCGGCGCUGGAAGCCGGGUGAGCAACCAGGAUCUCCUGAUACCCGGAAGUCGAGGUGGUGCAUCCUGCAACGGUACGCCCCCACGCUCAACUCGACCUCCUUCGGCGUCCUACUUCAGACUGCGGCGUCUAUGCAGUAUCCCGCCUCAGUAGGAGACUGCAAAAGUGCAUUCUGUCAAUCUCUUCCGCUGCACAGAAGCGCAGGCAAGCUCUACGCUAGCCAGCCGAAGGCCGGAAUCAAAGGCUUGGAUCCGGAGCAGAUCGUGGAGAUCGUUGCUGGAUGCUACGGAUUGGGUGACGCUCCGGCGCAUUGGCGCAAAACCCUCAAGGCAGCGGUGCUGGAACUUGGGUACCGCGAGAGUGUCAUCGACCCGACCAUCUACUACUUGCACGACAAAAGCAAGCUGCAAGGAGCCAUCGCCAUCGAAGUUGAUGAUCUCUUUACCUUUGGGAGUUCACAGCACUACGAGAAGAUUGCUCAGUUGCGCUCUCGUUUUGAGUUCGGCAAGUUUGACUUCUUGCAGGAGAUGGAGCAAUUUCAAUGGCUGGACCCUGUUUCUUUGGCGAAAGGCAGGAAAGCGACCCCUAAAGCCUUGGCCUCCGACUCCGAGGUUUCUCAACUUCGUGCAGUGGUCGGCGCUUUGAGUUGGUUGGGAAAGGAGGGAAGGCCUGAUGCAUCGGCGGCUGCAAGCUUGGGCUCAGCAGUGUUUCCCAAGCCGACCGUUCAGGACAUCAUCGAUGUCAACAAAGCAGUUCACCUAAUCAAGAGCUAUCCCGACCUCUCCAUCAAGAUCCGUGCUAUCGCAGUGGAGAACUUGGCAUGGGGUGUGGCCUCAGACGCGAGCUUUGCCAAUGCCUAUGGAGGGCAUAGUCAAGGUGCCUAUGGGAUCAUCGCCUUCCACGAGGAUCUCCAACGAGGUCGACGUGUGCCGUGUUCGCUGAUAAGUUGGAAGAGCAGUCGUAUCCAAAAGGUUGUGAACUCAACUUUGGCGGCGGAGACUCAGAGUCUGUCCAAGGGACUCGGCGAACUUUGCUGGGUGGUCUCCGAGCUGAUCGACCCUAAGUUCGAGCUCGCCGAGUGGGAGACGCGGCUGCAGGACAACAAGAUCCUCGCCAUUGCUAAGGACGAGUCUCAGGACCAGCUCAAGGAGUCUCUGUGCAUCGUUGACGCGAAGGCGUUGUACGACCACUUGUCCCGAGAAUCCACUGGACCCAGUCAAGACAAGCGGACUUCGCUGGAAAUCCAAAUGGUUCGCCAGAACAUGAAUGCUAUCAAAAGCGUUGUGAGGUGGGUGCCUCAUCCCAACAUGAUUGUGGACGGCCUCACCAAGAAGUUUGGGAACAUGACAGCGCUGUACGACCUCCUGAACACCGGUGAGUACAAGAUCGUCAAUGAGGCACAGGCCCUGGAGGUCAAGAGAGAUGAGCGGGCGUGGCUCCACUUCGCGAAUCCGACCGUGGCUCGGAUGGAUCAUAGACUCGGUGAUGUACUGACCGACAACCAGGUCACGUUCAUGCGGAUCGCUGUAUCAGCUGAAGCUGAAAGCUGGAUUCGUCGCGUUCGCCAACGCUCCGCCGAACUCAGCAAAGCACCGGAUGCCAUGAAGAGGGACCAUGAAGUCGUUUUGGCGGCUAUGCAAGGGGACAAGGCCGUGAUCCGAUUCGCGGCACCGGAGCUGCUGGGUGACCGAGACUUUGCAGCAGCAGUUGUUGCUUGGUCUGGAGAGGCCACGGAUGUGGGGGACAGAGGUAUCGUUCUGACUGCGGUCAAGCAGAACCCUCACUCCAUCCAGCAUGCAUCCGAUUCGCUGAGAUCACAGAAAGACUUUUUGUUGGAUGCCAUCCGCUGUAGCAAAGGCUUGGCCCUGCGAAGUCUGGGUCAAGACAGGAUAAUCGAUCGAGAGCUACAACAGGCUGCUGUCCAUGAAAAUUGGAUGAUGCUGGGCUGGCUACUGCAGCAAGACCCCACCCUCUGUACCGAUGCAGAGAUUGUUUCUGCGGCAGUGGCAAACAACGGCUGUGCGCUCGAGUUUGCUUCCUCCGAUCUCCGAGACGACUCAGAACUCGUGGCCUUGGCGCUGAAGCAAAGCCGGGGCGCAGCUUUGCGAUGGGCUUCGGAAGCACGCCGGGCAGAGAGGGACUUGGUUCACGCAGCUGUCGGACUUGACGCCACCAUGCUAAAGUACGCCUCGGAGGACCUUCGUGGCGACUCGACUGUUGUGAUGGAAGCUGUCAAGCGCAAUGGCAACGCCUUGCGCUUCGCGGCUGCAUCCCUGAGAAAGGACAGGUUGGACCAAGCCCUUGAAGAAGUGACCGGAUGGUUCACGACUGCAGGUGAGGACGAGCCCAAAGCGAAGGACUUCCCCUUCGGCUAUGUAUCUGCAGGAAGGCUGCGGCCACCUGCGGAUAUGAAGCCCUACGCCGGCCCGGGUUGCAAGAUUCCCGUCGGACCAGAACCUACAGCAGUCUGUUUGGCUACUGCUAAGGCUGUUUUGGAACAGUCGCAUGAGGAUUUUUUGCCGCUGCUGAAUUGUCUGGAGGGUCCUAGUGAUCAGACCCCGGAACAGCAGCCCGACAAGGCUGCUCCAGUCCUCACUUGUGCUGCGGAAGGUCCUGGGUCGUCAGCAGAUUGCGGUGCAUCCAACAAGAACAAGGGGACAGAACAGCAGGAACGGGAGUCACCGGACCUCCAAGAGAACCAGUGGCGGCGAAGCACGAAAACCAAGAAGGGUCGAAGGUCCUGGAAUGCUUUCCCUGUCAGCCCGGGGCUAGUGAGCACCGUGCAGCGCAGCUGUGCCAGCUGCCUUCAAAAUCCCAAAGAAGCUGCCCAAGAGAAGCUUCGUGAAUUUCACGAGAGUGCCUCCGAGAAAGCUUCAAGCCAAUCCUGCCAGAGAUGGACUGAGAUCACAUUCUCCCAGGUAGAUGCAGACAAGAAGCAGAAGGGCGUUGCCAAGACACGGAUAGGUGCAGGGAAGGAGAUUAGCAUUGCGGGCAGCCUGGCCACAGACGACUGCAGGAGCACCAGUCAAAAGGAAACAGGGCGCUUUCGCAUCCGCAUAACGCCCCAGCAGUUCAGUCCAUUGGGCACUUUGUUUAGGGAUGUCCAGGUGGACUUCUUUCCAAACUGCUUCACAAUUCGGGCCAUUGAUUGUGGAGGCUAUGCAUGGACGGCUCAUUCCAGCGUUCUACCGGGCCGCCUCGACACUGGCAAGUCCAAGUUUAUCGUCAGCCCAACGGGCAGGGAUGUGGUGAUCAGUCUCUGCAAGGCUGACUGCGGCCAGUCUUGGAAAGAGUUGACUAGGCUUGAACUCACACGACCCUACGGUCUUCCGGGUCAGGGUAGCAGCUAA